CUCUUGAACACCUCGCGCUCAGCACAUCGUCAGCAUGAUCGAUGGCCACAUCCUUCUCUUCUGCCAUGCUGCCUGGGGCCACACCCGCCCGAUUUGCACCUUCGCCUCGCGCCUCGUCAAGUUGCAGCCCUUCCACGUCACACUGAUCACCUCACCCUCCCUCGUUGACAAGGUGCACCUUGAGAUCUCCCGUAGCUUCGACGCGCACGAGCACGCCAGGCACGACCUGAUCAGGGUCGUCUCACUCUCAUUCGAAGCAGUUCCUUUUGCCCUUGAAGCUGUAGAAGUGCCCUUCCGCGAGAUCUACGAAAGGUUGCUGAACAAGGAGCCCAUCAGCUGCGCCGUCAAGGGUACCUCAUUCCCACCUGUACCGCCUCCAACGUGCGCCAUCCUCGAUUUCUUCGCUGUACAUCCGUUCCGCACGAUCCGGUCCCUCAGCCCGCAAACCAAGAUCCUUGCCUGGCAAAGCGGCUCCUCGUCCUACCUCUUCCGAGAGUAUGGUCCUGCAGAGCAGGGCGGGCAUAUGGCCUCGCUCGCAGGGAAGAGGUUUGAGGAGACCCUGGCUGGCCUAUUCACGAAUAUCACCGGGGAGCUCGUUACGCUCCCUGGCCUCCCUCCCAUGUAUGAUCAUGAAUUCUUCCCGCAGCCGUCCCCGCCCGGCUUCGAGGCCCCCCUGACUCUCAUGCACCUUGCAGGCUUCGAAGUGAUAAACAACUGCGACGGCAUCGUUCAGACCACCGACGCCUCGUACGACACCCCAGGCAUCAGGGCCAUUGAUGCCUGGAUGUCGUCUCUUUCCCCGCCGCGGCCGCUGUACAACAUCGGUCCUCAGCUGCCGCACUCGCAUCCGUCCGAGGCGCGGAGUGGCGAGCUUGAGCAGACUCGCGGCGCGGGCGACGUACUCGCGUUCCUCGACAAGACGCUCGCGUCGCAUGGUGCCGAGUCCUUGGUCUACAUCGCAUUUGGCUCCAUUUUUGGCCCUUGGAUGCAGCCUGACAGGUUAUGGACAAUUCUCGACGUCCUCAUGGAGCACAACGUCCCCUUCAUCCUGAGCCACGCCGCGCCGUUCGCCGUCAUCCCCGAUGACGUCGCCGCUAAAGUGAAGGAGUUCGACCUCGGUUUCCUGUCGUCCUGGACCCCGCAGCAGACCAUUCUCAACCACCCGGUUACCGGCUGGUUCAUCACACAUUGCGGCCAGAACAGUGCAUCCGAGAGUCUCGCCGCCGGAGUUCCUCUGAUUGCCUGGGACUUCGCUGCCGACCAGCCCGUGACCGCUCUCGGGCUGACCGUGCUCGGCGUCGCUUACCAGCUUUUCGAGGUACGCGCGCCUCCCCACGGGCUCAAGCCCAUCCAUCGCCUCGGCACCGACAAACAUCUGACUGGCACUGUCGACGCCGUCCGCACGGAGAUCACGGAGCUCCUUACGAAGAUGAAGGGUGACGACGGCGCGGAGAAGCGACGCAACGCGCGGCGGGUGCGAGCAGAGCUGGAGGCGAGCAUGGCCGAAGGUGGUCGGGCUCGUGGGGAGAUGCACCGGCUCAUCGCAGACCUGGCAGCUUGAUACACAUCCUGCGACAUGUGACAUCGCUAUAUAGAUAUACAAUUGACAACACGCUCAUGCAUCUGCUAAUAUCUCAAGC